UAACUUGCGGUCAUACCUCACCACAGGUGUUCAGGAAAACAACUCCGUAAAUAAAGCACUUUUAAAGGAAAUAAUAAAUAAAUAAAACAAAUAAUGUAUUUAAAUAUGUUGACCACAAAAAAUGAUAAUUGAUUGGCUAUUUAAAAUUAAUGUUAACACAAAAUUGAAAGACAUCGAUGCAUCGAUAGUGCAAUCGAUCGAUGUUUGUUCACAUCAACAAUUUAACUUUACCAACAUUUUAUUGCUGAUUGAAGAUGACGCAAGUACUCAAAAGAGUUUUUGUUUAUGGCACACUUAAACGUGGCGAGCCUAAUCACAUUUGGCUAACCACAAAGGAGAAUGGCGUUUCCCAGUUUGUGGCCAAGGGCAAAACAGUGGCCAAGUUUCCUUUGGUGAUCGGCACUCGCUACAACAUUCCAUUUCUACUGAAUAAACAGGGAGUUGGACACCAGAUUGAGGGUGAGAUUUACGAAGUGGAUGAUAACAUGUUUGCCCGACUGGAUGUGCUGGAGGAUUACCCCAAAUACUACGAUCGAGAGCCACAAGUCAUAGUGACGGAGCACAACGAGACAUUGGAUUGCUGGCUUUAUCUCAUACGUAAAUUUCCGGAGAGCAUGCUGGAAAAGCCACUACUUACUAGCUAUCACAAUACGCCGGAGCAGGCAUACUCCGAGAAGUCAGUUCGCGAUCCAGCAAUUCCAGCAAAAGAUGAUCUUGCUUAUUAAUCUUGUCAUUGAAUUGAUUUGCAGCUAUGCGGACAGCACCGCGGAUGAUCUGUUCAACGAUGACUAACCGAAUGAUGAAUGCCAACUCCAAAUCGCAUUUUUGGCCAAAAAGAGUCUUAAAAAUAAUUAAAUGAGUUAUGUAUCAGAUUGAAUCUACAUAUAUGUCAGGGAUUGCAAAUAAUGAAUUUAAAAUUCAGAAUAUUUUGUAAUUAGACGUAUUUUCAACAAUUUAGGCCAUAAUCAUUUUAUUUGAGCAAAAAAAGUGAAUCUAAGAAUGAAUUUUUAUUCAUGAGAAACAUCAUUCUAAAACUCCUAUUGAAAUAUUGCUUGUUGAUUCAGUAUGUCGCAAAAAAAACUUGCUUUUUGAUGGAUUUUUGCAGUCAAGUCUUGAAAUCUUCCACAAUUAUUUAACUUUAUGCAUGGCUAACUCUUUAGUAGUUAAAGUCUAAUCAAUUUUAAUGCGGCAUUAUUGAAAUGCUCAUAUAUUUGUUGUCAACUUCAAUGAUAUUUGUUGCAUAACUUCAUAUGGAUAUUUUGAACUUUGGCAUUUCGAACAUGGCUUUGCUAAUUCUUAGCUUGCAAAAAUGUUAAAUGAAUUAUUUGCUAUAGACUGUAUACUUACAUUUUUUUAUUUUUAUGGGUAGUAGAGGAAUUACCUCAAGUCGUCGCUGACAUUAAAA